AUGUCGGCAUUUCUGAAAUUUUUCUCGGUACUGAGUCUCUGUAACCUGUCAGAGAGAAGUUGUGAAGCUCUGUCCUCAGGUCUCAGCUCUCAGUCCUCUAAACUGAUAAAGCUAGACCUGAGUAACAAUGACCUGCAGGAUUCAGGCGUGAAGUUUCUGUCUGAAGGACUGAAGAAUCCACACUGUAAACUGGAAACUCUCAGUCUGUCAGGCUGUCUGAUCACAGAGGAAGGCUGUAUUUCUCUGGCCUCAGCUCUGAGCUCCAACCCCUCCCAUCUGAGAGAGCUGGACCUGAGCUACAAUCAUCCAGGAGACUCAGGAAUGAAGCUGCUGUCGGCUGGAUUGAAGGAACCAGGCUGGAGACUGGACACUCUCGGGUUGGAGCCUGCUGGAGUCCGAUGGUUGAGACCAGGUCUGAGGAAGUAUUCCUGUCAACUCACAAUUGACACAAACACAGUGAACAAAUACCUCCAACUGUCUGACAACAACAGGAAGGUGACACAUGUGGGGGAGGUUCAGUCAUAUCCUGAUCAUCCAGACAGAUUUGAUGUUUAUCAGCUGCUGUGUAGAAAUGGUCUGACUGGUCGCUUUUACUGGGAGGUUGAGUGGAGAGGAUACGUUUAUAUAUCAGUGAGUUACAGAAGCAUCAGAAGGAAAGGAGACAGUAAUGACUGUGUGUUUGGAGACAAUGAUCAGUCCUGGAGUCUGUACUGCACUGAUUAUGGUCCUCAUCAUGUCAGGCACAAUAAAAUAAAAACAUCCAUCUCCUCCUCCUCCUCCUCUGACUCUAACAGAGCAGCAGUGUAUGUGGACUGCCCUGCUGGCACUCUGUCCUUCUACAGAGUCUCCUCUGACACUCUGAUCCACCUCCACACCUUCAACACCACAUUCACUGAAACUCUUUAUCCUGGGUUUAGACUCUCAUCAUUUGGGUUCAGGUUUGCUGGUUCCUCAGUGUCUCUGUGUUGAGUGGAGUGUAAAGAGUGUCUCCUGUUAGAGAAACACUCUGACUGUUGAACAGAUAGUUCAGUCUGUACGUCUGUCUCUUUCACUCACAAACACGUUUUCAGAUUCAUGGAUUCAAUCAGUUGAUGUUUGAAACUCUUCUAAAUGAUUCCUUGUAAACUUCUUCCUCUUCAGUCACAAACAAACAGGAAGUGAUGUCACAUGUGUUCCUGUCCACACAGCAGAAUGAGUCUAUUGCUGACAAUGAUGUACAAACAGAGUGAGCAUUUCUGAGCCCAAA